GGAGCUGGUCGUGGUCGUCAGCUGGAUUGGACAUGUCAAUCUUUGUUGAGAAUGUUUAUAUAGAGUUCAGGAACAGAUAGUUUUCAGCUUGAAAGAAUAGGGUGUGUGGGGAGAAGGGUGUGUGAAGUCACUGAUAACACGAUAACAAAGAGGGUCUUGGCCGGAAAUGGUAUAGCGCAUGAGUCAAGGACUGUAUUGACUGUUUUCUUCGUUUUGCGUGGUUUUUUUUUCUCAAUUGGAAUCCGGACUUCUAUUCGGCUUAUCCCUCGCUGUUUUGUUGUCACUCGACGUCAGCUCAGUGUUUUUGUUGUACGACCGAGACACCAUCAUAUAAACCUCAGCUGGCUAUUAUUGGGGUAGCAUUUCCUCUCUAAACAACUCACCAUGGACAAUUGGACCCCUAGCUCCUGGAAAUCCAAACCCAUCAAGCAAGAUGUCGUCUAUAGCGACUCGGACGGCGUGCAGGCUGCCCUCGACAAGCUUCAGAAACUGCCUCCGCUGGUGACUACGCAGGAGAUUCAUAACCUCAGGAAGCAUUUGAAGAAUGUUGCUCUGGGAAAGGCGUUUGUCUUGCAGGGGGGUGACUGUGCGGAGCUGUUUGACUACUGUAAUCAGGGUGUGAUCGAGGCAAAGGUGAAGCUUUUGCUGCAGAUGAGUUUGGUUUUGAUUUGGGGCGCCAAUAAGCCGGUUGUCCGUAUUGGACGAAUUGCUGGACAAUUCGCCAAACCCCGCUCAAGCCCAAUGGAAACUAUCAACGGCACCGAAAUGCCCUCCUUCCGCGGUGACAACAUCAACGGCUUCGCUGCUGAUCCCGAAUCCAGAAACCCAGACCCCUCCCGUCUAGUCUCGGCCUACUUCCACUCCUCAGCAACGCUCAACUACCUCCGCGCCUCGCUCUCCUCGGGCAUCGCGGACCUACACUCCCCACUAGACUGGGGUCUAGGCCAUGUCAUCACUCCCUCCAUCAAGGAGAAGUACGAACGCAUCGUCAUCCGCGUCAAAGAUGCCCUUCGCUUCAUGCACACAGUCGGCAUCGACACAGACCGCGGCGUCGAGACCGUCGAAGUCUUCACAAGCCACGAGGGCCUCCUCCUCGAAUACGAACAAAGCCUAACCCGCCUCCAGCGUAACCCCUCCUCCUCCUCCUCCUCCUCCUCCUCCACCCCCAAUGACACCAGCCACUACGCAACAUCCGCGCAUUUCAUCUGGAUCGGCGACCGCACGCGCCAACUCGAUGGCGCACACGUCGAAUUCUUCCGCGGCAUCGCCAAUCCCAUCGGUCUGAAAAUCGGCCCCAGCAUCUCCCCCGAAGACCUCGUCCAGCUUCUCGACACCGUCAACCCAUCCCGCGAAAUCGGCAAAGUCACCCUGAUCUCCCGCUACGGCGCCUCAAAGAUCUCCGCACACCUCCCCGCCCAUAUCGCCGCUGUAAAGCAAUCCGGCCACAUCCCCGUCUGGCAAUGCGAUCCCAUGCACGGCAACACCCAAUCCACGCCCUCUGGCAUCAAAACCCGGCACUUCAGCGAUAUCCUCUCCGAGCUGCGCCAAGCACUCGAGAUCCACCGCGCAGCUGGCUCGUUCCUGGGCGGUAUGCAUCUCGAGUUAACUGGGGAGGCAGUCACAGAGUGCGUGGGUGGUGCUGGUGGUUUGACGGAGGAGGGGCUUGGGGAGCGGUAUACUACUUUCUGUGAUCCGAGGUUGAAUGAGAAGCAGGCGUUGGAGUUGGCGUUUUUGGUGGCAGGGUUUUAUCGCGAGUGGGAUGAGGAGAAGGAGGCUGGUAUGAAUUCGAUUUAGUUGGUACGGUGCUUUAUGGAAAAUUAUUAUGAUAUUUCGGGUUUGUUUAGGUC